GGUCCGGGCACAGAGCCUGGGCUGCUAGAGAUGGAGCAGUACUUGGACUACCCCGAGGAGAGCUUCCCGUGCCAGAGGACGGGUGUGGAGCUCCAGUGUGAAGACCUCUAUGGCAGCACCCACCGGACCACGGCUUGCAUGCAGCUGAACCCAGGAGGCCCCAGGGACAUGGAGGAGGGCUUCCUUCAGCCUGAGUUCUCCCUCCCUCCGUGCCAGAUGAACCAGCACUUCACCAGUAUGCAUCCUGGCACUGGGACCAUGGCAGCUCCAUGGGAUGAGCCUCCUCAGAGCAACCUGGAGAUGAGUUCUGGGCAGUCCAGUGUCAGUGCCAUGUCUGGGCCACACUUUCACCAUCAAAGCACCGAGUACCCGGUGCCCAGUUCCUGCGGGCAGCAACCCAAACUUGCGAGCUCCUGCCAGGACAGUGGAUUUCCUGGGGGGCACCGUCUUAAUCGACUACAGAUCAAAUCUGAGCAGCGUUACCCAGCACCUACCCCAGCACUUGCUCCCUGCCAGAACCCCAAACUUGCUCGGCGCAUGCAGCCUCCAGCAUCAUUUGGCCAAGCCAUGAACGUAGGGCCGGGAGGUUACCAGCCCGAGGAGCAGGCACCCGUCAGUUACAUGGGCAUGUUGAGCCCAAGUGGUAGAAGAGACCAGACCCCCACCAUGCAGACCAAAGAAGUGAUGGUCCGUAGCUAUGUGCAGGCCCAGCAGGCUCUGAUGUGGGGAGACCAGCCAGCCUCCAAGGGAGGGGAGGCUGCCCUGCGCCUGGGCACUGAACCUGGGCAGUGCCAAGCCAUGCAGGCACCGCUGUACCUCAGCCCCAAGUGCUCUGCUUACCAAGCCAAACCAGAGAACCUGCAGGGUCUGCCCGAGACCCAACCCCUCCUCAAUGCCCCGUGCUUCAACCCUGAGCUAGUGCCGCAUCCGCCUGGUGGCCCUAAACCACAUGGGCACCAAACCGGUCUGAACUACGCAGGUAACGUGUCCCAGCCAGGUCAUCCCUAUGAGGGAGCGGACGGCAGCUCCCGGCGUGUGCUCCGCCUGCUCCCUGCCCGCCCCACGCUUGAGGGGCCCAGUAAUGCCCUGUUCUACUACCCAGGCCAGGGCACACACAUGGGCAAGGGGGGGCAUAAGCUGCUGGACCAAAUGGCAGCAAGUUGUGGGGGUCCUGGGCAUUACGGUGGGAGCUUGGAAGGGCUCAAAGGCAGCUCGUAUCACUACCUGGAUUCAGGGGAGCAAGUGGCCAACAGCCUGGACUCCUUGGACCUGGAGAAUACGCACCUUGACUUUGCUGCCAUUGUGGAAGAACCAGAGAUGCCUGCACUGCUGCCGGGGCCCCCCAGCCCUGCUGGGGGGCUGCUCCCUGCAUCUGGGGGUGCCAACAUGGCUGUGGGUGACAUGAGCUCCAUGCUGAGCACUCUGGCAGGGGAAAGCCAUUUCCUCAACUCCCUGUCCUAA